CCUGCUGUUUUAGGUUGCUCAAACCCCUCGCCGGUGGCUUCACCUCUAUACCUAUCUACACUCAACGCCGUCACAUGUGUUGACGCAAGCAAACUUUUGUAAAUUAAACAGCAGUCAAAAAUAUUAUUGCUUCUGAUGGUGAUCACUAUGGACUCGAUCGAUUCGGUGAAAACAAUUGACCCUACGUUUUGGAAAAGCAAUAGACUCGCCAGCUUUGACAAUUGGCCAUUUCAGUCUGAUUGUACUUGUACUCCUGAGCGAAUGGCAGCAGCUGGAUUUGUACUGAUCGGCGAUAAAGACGAGCCUGAUCUAGUUGGGUGUUUUAUAUGUGGAAAACAACUUGACGAAUGGGACUCGAAUGACAAUCCAUGGAGCGAACACGUCAAGCAUGUGCCAUCUUGUGCAUACGUGGAGUUGGGAAAGCAGAAUGAACUUGAUUGUACAGUUGCAGAAUUAUUCACCUUGCUUAAAACAUUUGUUAAAAAAUACUUGAGACGAAAAUUGAAGCUGGCGAUUCAUGAAUACAAGAAAGAAGUUAGUAAACUCACUGGUCAGAGACCUCAUAAUAAUCAGAAGAAAAUUCGAAAAAGUCGUCAAAUAUCAACUAGCCGCUCUGCUACGUAGGUCUGAAAUGCGGAAUAUCCUCAUCCUGUACAUAAUACCAUGAAUUUUUUUUAUCUCGCAUUCGUAAUAAUUUGUAAUAUAAGUGUUUUUUUUUUACUAUUAUCGGCAACAAUAAUGAAUAUAGUUUUCAAUGAGCAAUAUUUCAUAUCUGAACAAUAUCAACGAAUUGUAGGUCUGAAUUCGUUGACAAUAUCUUGUUCAUUUCUAACUCACUGUGCUAUAUAAUGACUAUGGUUACAUCUCUGCAUGCCUUUUGAGAAUCUCAUUUCAAAAAUUUUCGAUAAAAUAAAUUAACAACUGCGAAAAUAA